GAACAACUAACAUAUCACACGACUGGCGCACAGUCCUCGACAUGGUUCUCGGAGUCACCAACGUCGACGACGGCGAGGUCAUCCACCAGACCUGUCUCCUCCUGAGCGGCACUUGCGCACUCGACACAUCUAGCGCAAGCGAUCAUGUCACCGUCACAAACGUCGACCCGCUGCGCAACACUUCCGCGACCCAAGCUUGGCUAGCUGCGGAACGCAAAUGGAAAGCUCUGGUCCUCCUUCAUUGCGGCAUGAACAACAUUAAAAUUGCACAUGGUUUUGAGACCAUCAGCCUCAAUCUGACACACCAUCCCUACCUGCAGUUACCUCCACUUCAUCUCGCCAUCCUCGUCGCCAGAGACUCCCCGCUUGUCAUCAAUUGCCCGUCUGAGAAGUAUGGAGCUUUCUCAAGCGCGCACAACAGUCUGGACGCCGCAAUCGCGAAGCUGAGAAUGUCGGCAUACAUGUGGCAAGCUCUGACUGCGGAGCGCAUGCGCAAGGCAGGAUUAGGUCGGCGAGCAUUCCGACUGGAGGAAGAAUGGCAAAGCGAUCUCACGAGUCUGUUUGGAGUGAUGAAGGGUGCCAGGGGUGAACAGAUCAUGGUCCCUGAGGAUUUCCACUGCGGGGCUAGACAUACCAUGUCUGAUCACUGCUCCCUCGGGCAAGCCAACUUCUUGAGGCAGGUAUAUUCUGCAUUUGGAGCUGGUGUGCACAAUGACGCCUCCUGCUGCAACGCAGAAGUCAAGACAUGGGCCGCAAACUUUAUAGUCGCUGGUCCGAGUACCGAGAGCGAUGGCGACUGGAAUCUAGUACAAUCCGCUGGGCCGUAUGAUGGGAGUCUCCGCAACAUGUUGCGGCUGAAACUUGAUCCUCACUUCCGCCUGCCGCACGACGGGUUGCCUGUCCGAAGGGAAUCGAGGUCGGCGAGGAUCGAGAUGAGGGUUUCAGGACCAGAGGAAGAACGAGAAGAGGGCCAAGUCACGAUUUCCAUCUUUUCCACUGCAGGGCUUGCUUCUGUCUUCUUUGACGGUGGAAAGCAACAACAGCGUCGUGAUAUACGCCACGGAGGCAGCUGUGAGACCUUCAUGUAUGCGAGUCUCGUAGAAUACGACCGUACUCGCCCACUCAAGAUUGUGGCCAUGGACAUGGUGGGGAAGUUGAGAGUGGUGAACAACGGCUGGAGUCUUCUCCAACCUAUCCCGUUCAUGAGCUUCUCCGGAAGCGAACAACGACUCCGACUGCAGUCGUUCCCGGUAAUCGAGCGAGCAGAUGGAGAAGAAUGCGAGGAUCACAAUCGCGACACCUCAUGGACCAUGCUUCUCCAUAAACGCAGCUCUAUCGGCGACCUUGUUCGUGCAGUGGCGAUUGAUUUGCGCGUCGGUGGUUGGUUCGACGGUAUUGUGGUGCACUAUGCCGAUGGUUCGACCCACGGCAGCCACUCGCGGGGCGGUCACCUCUCGGAAAAGGGUUCCUUGGCCGCAGACUCGCGGAUCGUCAAGGUCGAGCUCAGCUACACACAUGGGGACCUGCGCGGUAUUCGAAUGACCUUGGACGGUGGCACGCAAUGGGGAGCGCUUGGCGAAGUAUAUCAGGACGAGUACGACGAAGACGACGGUGACGAUGGCGAGUACCGCGACGGCUAUCGAUAUCGCAGCGGAUACCGCGUCGUCGUGCUUGAGCCAGGCGCCAAUGAGAAAAUCAUCGGGUUCUCCGGGAACGGCGAUCCAUACGUGGAUAGGUUCGGCAUCAUCACAGCGCCGAUCGAUCUGGAAGUCGCGGAUAUCUCGGUGCAGAUGAGCUGA